UAAAUACUAUUGGUGAGAACAUCUUCACAAAGAUUCGCAACUCAUGAUAUAUUCUCUGUUAUUAUCAGUUCCAAAGUUAUUUCCCUUAGCUUUAACUACAAGUUGGAAAUUCGUAAUGUAACAUACAAUAAUGAGCCUAAAACAAUGCAAUAACUAAUACCAGUCAUGAACAACAACAACAAAAAAAGGCAAUGAUACCCAUAACUCUCCAAGAAUAGCAACGAAAUCAAAACCACAAAAUUCAUACCAAAAAAAUUCCCCAAUGAUACACCCGCUAAAUAAAUGCCUUCCUUAUUUUCAGAAAUUAAAAAACAAAAACAAAGAUCAUGCUGGCGGGCCCAUACACGUGUCACCAUUCCAAGUCCUCCUCUUUACCUAGACCUUUCAUUUUUUCUGUUUUUUCCCGCUAUUUAUAACUAACACCCUCCAUUUCCUCUCUCCCGCCUCUUUAUUUUGGUAUUUUUCCCUUCUCCUCCACCUUCCCUUUGUUUUCUCCUUCCUUCUCUCUUUCUCUCCUCCCUCCUUAGUUAACCAGAAAUCCCCAAUCUCCCCUUGCAACCCAAAUUUCCAUUUCCAGCAACAAAAGAGGACGAAGGAAAAAGGGGGUAAAACUUCAGAAAAUACCAAGACCCAUACCCGGUCUCUCUCACCCGACCCGGUAUGUCCGUACCACCCAACAACACAAUUCCCUUCCAAACGGAAAAAAUGAUGCAUUGAGAUCCCUAAACAACAAUGUCAGGCAAUUCCUCCACUGAUGACGACUUCGCCGCGUUCCGGAACAGCAGCGCCUCCGCUGCUAGCCCCGGAAUGCCGUACGACCCGAACCGCCUCAGCGGCGAGGGCUCCCCCUUAACCAUGUCUCCCUGGAACCAAACGACGCCAUUUGGCAAAGCCUGCUUCACCCAAUACGACGACGCUUCAUCGGCACAGAACUCGUUAAUCGGAUCUCUAGUCCGCGAAGAAGGCCACAUCUACUCCUUAGCCGCCUCCAAGGACCUCCUCUAUACCGGAUCCGACUCCAAGAACAUCCGGGUCUGGAAAAAUCUCAAAGAAUUCUCCGGAUUCAAAUCCAGCAGCGGGCUGGUGAAAGCGAUCAUCCUCUCCGGCGAAAAAAUCUACACGGGCCACCAGGACGGGAAAAUCCGGGUAUGGAAAUCGUCGCCGAAGAAUCCGAGCGUUCAUAAAAGAUCCGGCACUCUGCCCACUCUCAAGGACAUUUUCAAGAGCUCGAUCAAGCCCAGCAAUUACGUCCAGGUGCGGCACCACAAAACAUCGUUGUGGAUCAAACACUCCGACGCCGUUUCGUGCCUUUGUUUUAACGAGGACCGCACUCUGCUUUACUCUGCCUCCUGGGAUAGGAACUUUAAGGUGUGGCGCUUGUCCGACUCAAAAUGUCUCGAGUCGGUCAGCGCCCAUGACGACGCGGUCAACUCGGUCGUCACCACGCUGGAAGGUUUGGUUUUCACCGGUUCGGCCGACGGGACGGUGAAGGUCUGGAAGAGGGAGCAGCACGGGAAGUCGACGAAGCACCCGCACCAGCAGACGCUGCUGAAGCAGGAAUCGGCGGUGACCGCGCUGGCGGUCAACCCGGACGGUUCGCUCGUUUACUGCGGAUCGAGCGACGGGAUUGUGAAUUUCUGGGAAAGGGAGAAGAAUCUUUCUCAUGGCGGCGUUUUGAAGGGGCACAAGCUGGCUGUGCUCUGCCUCGAGGCGGCGGGGAGCUUGGUGUUCAGUGGUUCGGCAGACAAGACGAUUUGCGUGUGGAGGAGGGAAGGGAAUAUCCACACGUGCCUGUCGGUGCUGACGGGGCACACCGGGCCGGUGAAGUGCUUGGCGGUGGAGGUGGACGAGGAGAACUCAAAGGAAGGGGAUCAGAGGUGGAUUGUGUAUAGUGGGAGUUUGGAUAAGUCUGUUAAAGUUUGGAGCGUGUCGGAGAUGCCGCCGGACGGGAGUUUUGGGGCGGGUAGCGGCGGCGGGAUGUUUUCCGACAGGGAGUCGUUACCGUCUGAGGGCAGCUACAGAGCCGGCGGCAGCAAGGAUUGGUAAUUAAUUAUUAUUAUUAUUAUAUUUUUGUGAAGAGUUUUAUUGGUCACUCCCGGAAAACAAGGAAGAAGAAGAGCAGCGGUAGUGCCACGUUGAGGGAAUAUAUAUUAAAACGUCAUUUUUUUAGAAAACGUGGUGAUUUCAUUUUAAAAAAGAAUAAUUAUAGUAAAUUAAGUGAUGUAAUUAAUUACUAAGUAGGGCUGGAGAAAAAAGAGAGGUAUUUCAAUUAGUCCGUCUGACUGAAGUUGAAGAAAAGAUUGGGAGAGAAGAAGAAAAAAAAAACAAUUUUCAGGGAGAGAAUUUAUCAUUUGGUUGUUUAUUGUAUUUGUACUAUUUGUAUGUAUGAAUUUAAAAUAUUUGACUUUUAUUGGUUUGUAUUUGUAUGAAAGAUUGUGGAACUGUAAUGGAGACUAUACCAGAAAAAUCAGUGGUAUUUUGUACUAAAAAUGUGGUUGAAUA